UUUGAUAAGUUUGACAGAAAUGCAUUUUUUUUUUUGUUUUUUUUGCAUGAAGGUUUUGUUUAAAAAGUAUCACGAGACAUCUUUUAACUUUCAUGGAUAGCUGUACAAGCUGUCAUUGUUGGCAGUUGGCAGGGCAAUUUUUAUUCUGUCCUGUAAUUUGAUUGAAAUGAUAACACAAGGUAGAAGUUAUGAUGCUUCGCCUUUUAUAUAACAAUGCAAUAAUUAAUACAGGGCAAGAAUAAUUGCUGACAUCUAAAGGCUUGUUUCUGAAAUGUAGUUAGGUAUUAUAAUAUCCUGUUUCCUAGUUUUUUUCUUGCAUCUCCCUAUGAGAAAGUUUCAGUAUGCUAGAGGAGUUAUAAAAUAUCCAUUGCUUUCACUUUUUACUGUUCGAAAUUGAUUACAGAGGCUUAAAUUUAGCUUCAGUUAUUAAUCCAAAGUCUGUAUCAGCUAAGAAGAGUCAAAGAGAAUUGGUGAAAUAUUUUGCUAGUGUGAGAGCAGUGGUAUGGUACACUGGGUAUAGGAUUUUCUGGAAUCUUGGGUCAUUGAAUAAAUCUACACAUGCUUGGGAAUAGGUACUGUGGCCUCACCUAACUAGGGUUAUUCGUUUUAUCCAGACUACAUUAUCUGGUUUUUUCUUAUUCUCUUUGGGUCUUGUCAGAAUUUUCUUGAUAUUUAUGCUAUUAAUGUCCUUUUUAAAAAAUGUUUUUGUCUGUAAAUGGGCAUGCUUUCCUAGUAUAAGCUAUAAAGGAUAAAAUAAAAAAUUGAAUUCAGCUAGUAUUGUUUCCUUAUUUAAUAAUAUUUUCUUUUUUCUUUUUAUUACUUCUUCCUUUGUCAGUAGAUGCUUAAAUUUUCCCCAUUCUUUUCUAAUAUGAAUGGUGUUGUAGUAAACAUUCUUAUCCAUAGCUUUGUGCAUUGUGUACAAGUUCAGCAGUAUAGAUUCCUGUAAGUGAAAGUCAUUAAAUGCAUUUAAAUUUGUUGGGUUUUGUCACAUUGCCCUCUUAGCAGAUUUUUUCAGUUUACGUUUCUCCCAGCAAUGUGUGAAAAUGCGUGUUUUCCCAUACCAUUGCCGUAGUGUAUAUUAUUAUUAUUUCAUCAUUUUUAUCAGUGACAUUUUUGAGUCCUGCAACACUAAUCUGUGCAGCAUUUGAUUUGUUGACCAUACCUAUCUUGAAAGAUUUUUCCUCUUGGCUUCUGCCCCUUUUGCUUUUGCCCUGGUGAUUAUUUUAUUGUCCCUUAGCAAAAGCUGAGGGCAUGAAGUCAGAUGUAGUCCUGAAUGUUAAACUCAUCCUCUGAAGACCGUUCUACAGAUGGCCAAAGUGCUACAGUGUAGGUAUGAACCUUUAUGUGGAUUUGGUUUAAUGCAUGGAUAAAACUUAGAAAUUUUGAAGAGUAAAUGAAACAACUCUUAGCCCGCCCCUCUUGACUUGCUCUCUUGAUCACUGAUUAUUUAAGCCAGUAAUUUUUACAUUUUUUAAUAGGAAGUUUUUUUUAUACCUACAAAAUCAUUCUGGAGGUACUGUUUGAAAGCCAUUUAUGUGAGCCAUUUAUAAAAACAUAAAACCUAUAUUCUAAACAAAAACCAUAUGCAGUUGAAGUCACUAUUGAUUAUUAAGUUGAACCAUAUGAAAUUACCAUUUUGCGGUUAAACAAUUGGUUGGAUAUCAACAGUUUAUAGGGUUAACCUAAUAGAAGGCAGAAGAUCACUUCAUGAAUUGCAUUCGUGUCACUGAUAGUUUUUUUUCCUCCCACUUGGCACCUUUCAGUUUUUAGUGAGAGCUUUCUGGAGAUCGUAUAGAAUCAUUCCUUCAGUAUUUGCUGGUUUUUAAGCUUCUAAGAUUGCUGUAAACGUCAUUUGGGUCAGAAGAUGGGUUUCCAUGUGAAAGUCAAGCAUGUACGGAACUUACAAAGAAGCAUUUGUGCACAAAAGUAUUAGUUAAGUUUUUAAGUUUGCUUAUGGCAAAUUGAAGGCGACUUGAACUUAUAUGAAAUGUAAGUGUUCCGUUACCUGGCUUUCAGGCUUCAAUACCCAUUACCAUACAGUCUUCUCGUCUUGGCAGAGCAUUGCCUCCUGAACAAAACAAGCUUAUCUGACCUUUGUGAGUUGAACUCGGAUCAUUUUCUUCAUAGAAUGCCUCCUUCGAUUUGGUUAAUAUAAAUUCUUCUCAUUUUUUUAAAAAUCUUUUCUAUGGAACUUUCAUAUUUAUCACAGCUCUCACCAUUUUCUAAAUUCUUUUUAUAAUACUUUGUAAUAUGUUCUGUACAACAUAAUUUAGCAAGUAAACUCAUUAUUUCUUAUGACUUACAGCUUAGCUUUUCUUCCUUGGUACAUAAUUGGAAAUUCCUUAAGCCUGAAGCCUACAGUAAAACCAUUUGUUUUAUUUUGCUUGUAAGUGUUUAUUGUACUAGGCACACAAUAGGUGUUUGAUGAAUUGAUUGCAUUAAGCGUCAGACUAAAUGGAAGAAAAUUAAACAAAAUUUAAAUUGCUGUGUUUGGGUGAAGAUUUCAUGGCUGCAUUUUAUCCUUUUCUAAAUUUUCUACAACUGUGUUAUAUUACUAUACACAUUUAUAGUAUAUAAAAUAAAUAGCCAUUCUUUUUUACUGAUGUUUUAAAUCUGUAAUUGCUUUAGUAACUGGAUACGAAUAUAUAUUAUUCAUAGAUGCUUUAGUGUCUGUUACAUUUUAAAUUUAUCUCUUUUUUCUUUAAUAGGAGGAAAGGACAGACGAAGUGGCCUCAUUCUGACAAUCCCAUUAUGCCUGGAACAGACAAAUAUGGAUGAGCUGAGUGUCACCUUAGACUAUCUACUCAGCAUUCCAAGGUGACUCUAAAGUGAAAAGUGUAAGGCUAGAGGAUUUACUGUGAUAGUGGAUGGCAGAAAAUCACAGUGGAAUGUGGUGAAAACAGUAGUCUUAAUGCUACAGAACGUUGUUCCAGCUGAGGUGUCCCUUGUUUGUGUCGUGAAGCCGGAUGAAUUCUGGGAUAAAAAAGUAACACAUUUUUGUUUUUGGAAAGAAAAGGAUAGACUUGGCUUUGAGGUUAUUUUGGUGUCUGCCAAUAAAUUGACUCGUUACAUAGAACCAUGCCAGUUGACAGAAGAUUUUGGUGGUAGUCUUACGUAUGAUCACAUGGACUGGUUAAAUAAGAGGCUGGUUUUUGAGAAAUUUACAAAGGAAUCUACAUCAUUAUUAGAUGAACUUGCUUUGAUUAACAAUGGAAGUGAUAAAGGAAAUCAGCAAGAGAAAGAAAGAUCUGUGGACUUAAACUUUCUUCCAUCAGUUGAUCCUGAAACAGUUCUUCAGACAGGGCAUGAAUUGUUAUCCGAAUUACAGCAGCGUCGAUUUAAUGGCUCAGAUGGAGGGGUCUCAUGGUCUCCUAUGGAUGACGAAUUGCUUGCACAGCCACAGGUUAUGAAAUUACUAGAUUCACUCCGAGAGCAAUAUACUCGCUACCAGGAAGUUUGUAGGCAACGUAGUAAGCGUACACAGUUAGAAGAGAUUCAACAGAAAGUAAUGCAGGUUGUGAACUGGCUUGAAGGGCCUGGAUCAGAACAACUAAGAGCCCAGUGGGGGAUUGGAGACUCCAUUAGGGCUUCACAGGCCCUGCAGCAGAAGCACGAAGAGAUCGAGAGUCAGCACAGUGAAUGGUUUGCAGUAUAUGUGGAGCUUAAUCACCAGAUUGCAGCACUCUUGAAUGCUGGGGAUGAAGAAGACCUUGUGGAGCUGAAGUCACUGCAGCAGCAACUUAGUGAUGUUUGUUAUCGGCAAGCCAGUCAGCUGGAGUUUAGGCAAAAUCUGUUACAAGCAGCUCUUGAAUUUCAUGGGGUUGCGCAAGAUUUGUCUCAGCAGUUGGAUGGCUUAUUAGGGAUGUUGUGCGUAGAUGUAGCACCAGCUGAUGGAGCAUCGAUUCAGCAGACUUUAAAACUGCUUGAAGAGAAGCUGAAAAGUGUUGAUGUGGGAUUGCAAGGGUUACGUGAAAAAGGUCAAGGUCUUUUGGAUCAGAUCUCCAAUCAGGCGUCCUGGGCCUAUGGAAAGGAUGUAACCAUUGAAAAUAAAGAAAACGUGGACCACAUACAAGGAGUGAUGGAAGAUAUGCAGCUUAGGAAACAAAGAUGUGAAGACAUGGUAGAUGUGCGAAGGUUAAAGAUGCUUCAGAUGGUGCAGUUGUUUAAAUGUGAAGAAGAUGCUGCUCAGGCAGUAGAAUGGCUAAGUGAACUUCUGGAUGCUCUGCUUAAGACCCACAUCAGAUUGGGCGAUGACGCUCAGGAAACAAAAGUUCUACUGGAAAAGCAUAGAAAAUUUGUUGAUGUUGCACAGAGCACUUAUGACUAUGGAAGACAGUUGCUACAGGCCACAGUUGUGUUAUGCCAAUCUUUGCGCUGCACUUCUCGAUCAUCUGGGGAUACGCUUCCUCGACUGAACAGAGUAUGGAAACAGUUUACGAUAGCAUCUGAAGAGAGAGUACAUAGAUUGGAAAUGGCUAUUGCAUUUCACUCAAAUGCUGAAAAGAUUUUGCAAGACUGUCCAGAAGAGCCUGAAGCUAUUAAUGACGAGGAGCAAUUUGAUGAAAUUGAAGCAGUUGGGAAAUCACUUCUGGAUAGAUUAACUGUUCCUGUAGUUUAUCCUGAUGGAACUGAACAAUAUUUUGGGAGUCCAAGUGACAUGGCUUCUACUGCAGAACACAUCAGAGACAGGAUGAAACUAGUUAGUCUCAAAAGGCAGCAGCUGAGCCAUCCUGAAAUGGUGACCACAGAGAGCUAAUAGCUACCAGCUCCCCACAGAUCUGCAGUUCAUAAUCCCGCAUGUGGCUGGCAUACUACAGCAUUAGACACAAUACAUUAAGAUGCAUUUCACAGCCAAGAUAAGCCUCAUUUCUUCCUGUUAUACAUUUCUCUUUACAUGUUAACACCUUGCAACUACCAAGGCAUAAUUAUUUAACAUGCUUUGAGACCACAGACUCCAAUUAUCUUAAAAGAAGAAAUUAUAAACAUUGCACUGAAAACUUGCUUUAAAGCUUUAUCUGACCUGAUAGUUUAUAGAUGAACAACCGAUAAUAAGCUUUGAAUGGUGCUAAUAAAAGUUUAGGAGUUCUCUAUAGAAAUAAUGGUUGCCCUUCCUCCCCAGGUGAUGUAGUAAAUUAGACUGUAGUUAAACUGUUAUCAGGAGACAAUGGUGUCCUCAAAAUUUUACUUCGUAAUUUUUCUUCAAAAUUGAUUAUUUUUAUUGUAUUAAUAUGGAGAAAACCCUUCAGAUCUUUGAUAUAUUCAUUAAAGACAUUUUCUUAUUUGUAUUGAUAAUGUAUGAAAAAGUGUUUUGUGCUUAAUAAAAGAUUUCUUUUAAAUAUC